GCCUCGGGAAGCAUGCCUCUGCGGCUGGAUGUGAAGAAGAAGCUGCUGGCUCGCUCGGACCGUGUGAAAUGCGUGGAUCUGCAUCCGAGCGAAGCCUGGAUGCUGGUGGGCCUGUACAACGGCAACGUGCACAUCUGGAACUACGAGAACCAGCAACUCGUCAAAUCGUUCGAGGUUUGCGAGCUUCCGGUGCGUUGCGCCAAGUUUAUCACGCGCAAGAACUGGAUUGUUACUGGCUCGGACGAUAUGCACGUGCGUGUCUUCAAUUACAACACGUUGGAGCGGGUGCAUCAGUUCGAGGCACACUCCGACUAUUUGCGUUCGGUGGCCAUCCAUCCCACACAGCCGUUCAUCCUUACCUCCGGCGACGACAUGCUCAUCAAGCUUUGGGAUUGGGAUAAUAAGUGGAGUCUGAAGCAGACCUUUGAAGGUAAGCUUCCUCCAGCAGCUUUCGGCAGCUCCACAGCCAACUUCACUCUGCAGGGCCAUGAGAAGGGUGUGAACUGUGUGGACUAUUAUCACGGCGGCGAUAAACCGUAUCUGAUAUCGGGCUCUGAUGAUCGCCUGGUCAAAAUAUGGGAUUAUCAGAACAAAACAUGCGUUGCGACGCUGGAUGGCCAUGCGCAAAAUGUAUCGGCUGUUUGCUUCCAUCCCGAGCUCCCUGUUAUUAUCAGUGGUUCGGAAGACUCGACAGUUCGUCUGUGGCAUUCCAGCACUUACAGGCUGGAAACCACGCUGAAUUACGGCCUGGAACGUGUUUGGUGCAUUUAUGCUCUGCGAGGCUCGAAUACGAUCGCUAUCGGCUACGAUGAGGGUUCGGUGACGGUGAAACUGGGUCGCGAGGAGCCAGCGGUGAGCAUGGAUUCCAGUGGCAAAAUCCUCUGGGCCAAACACUCCGAGCUGCAGCAGGCCAAUCUGAAGACGCUGGACUCGGCAAUCGCCGAGCAAAUACAGGAUGGUGAACGCAUCUCAUUGUCCGUAAAAGAUGUUGGCUCGUGCGAAAUAUAUCCGCAGACUUUGUCUCAUAAUUCCAACGGGCGGUUUGUGGUUGCAUGUGGUGAUGGUGAAUACAUUAUUUACACUUCAACGGCUCUGCGAAAUAAGGCAUUUGGCUCGGGUAUGGAGUUUGUAUGGAGCGCAGAUCCUUCGGAAUAUGCAGUUCGUGAAUCAGCUUCGAGCAUCAAACUUUUCAGGAAUUUCAAAGAGGUGCGCACGUUGCGACCGGAUAUUGUUAUUGAAGGCAUAGAGGGUGGGCCGCUUGUCGCUGCUCGUUCAACGAAUGCUUUGUGUUUCUAUGAUUGGGAAACUGGCUCGUUGAUCCGGCGCAUUGAAAUCUCUGCAAAACACGUGUAUUGGUCAGAUACCGCUGAAAUGGUAGCGAUUGCUGGCGACGAUACAUUUUACAUCUUAAAAUAUAAUAAGGAAUUAGUGGAAAACGCUACCGGCGCAGAUAUCGAUGGAAUUGAGGAAGCUUUCGAUGUUGUUGGGGAAGUGCAAGAAAGUGUUAAAACAGCGAUAUGGAUUGGGGACUGCUUCAUCUUUACGACCGAUCUGAAUCGCUUAAAUUAUUACGUUGGUGGAGAAAUAGUUACAAUUGCACAUCUUGACCGCCCUCUUUAUUUGCUCGGCUAUAUGCCAAAAGAAAGCAGACUGUACCUAUGCGACAAAGACCAUAAUUUUGUUUCUUAUCGCUUGCUGUUAUCUGUACUGGAAUACCAGACGGCGGUUAUGCGGCGAGAUUUCGAUACAGCAGACAGGGUGCUGCCGAUGAUACCACGUGAUCAGCGAAGUCGUGUUGCACACUUCCUCGAAAAACAGGGAUUUAAGAAGCAAGCUCUGGCGGUUAGCAAGGAUCCGGACCAUCGUUUCGAGCUUGCUCUUUCGCUCGGAGAAUUGAAGCUGGCUUAUGAUCUUGCAUUAACCGCUGAUUCUGAAGAAAAAUGGCGACAGCUUUCUCAAGCAGCAACUCUGCGAAGUGAACUUAUGUUGGCUGGAGAAUGUCUCGGACGGGCUCGUGAUUAUGGCGGCUUGUUACUGUUAGCCACCUCUGCCGGAUCAGCUGCACUGCUUUCGAAGCUUGCAUCUGACUCACAGUUAUCUGAACAGCACAACUCCUCAUUCCUUUCGUAUCUCCUUCUCGGCGACCUCGACAAGUGUUUGGAAAUUUUGAUUUCGACAGGGCGUCUUCCGGAAGCUGCUUUUUUCGCUCGAACUUACUGCCCCUCUCAAGUUGAUCGCGUUGUAUCGCUGUGGAAAGACAAAAUUACUUGCAAGCUGUCAGAUGGACAGAAGAAUGUUGGUCAGAGCCUCGCAGAACCGUCAAAAUAUCCCAAUCUUUUUUCCGACUUCACUGAAUCGCUGAAGGCCGAACAGUUUUUGAAGCAGUUAGCUAAACUUCCCAUUCGGGCAGCAGCUCGGCCACCAACAAAUGCGCAGCGUAAUAUCUUUGAAGAAAUGGCGGAAGCAAAAAAAUCCGGUAAGCUGGAAAACUUGAUUUUAUCAAGGAUGAGCUCAAGUUUGAGGCCAAACACGAUGCGUCAUAAUAACACAUGUGUUUCAGGCUUAUUAGCGGUAGCAGCAGCAGCUGCACGUUACAAACAUCAUCUUUAA